CAGGCACUGGCCGAGAGACGUAGAGAUCUCCCCGCCCCGCCCCGCCCCCUUAAAAAGCGCCCCAACUUCUCCACUUGAAAAUCGCAAAACCCUAAAGUUUAACACACAUCAUAAAUAUCUCUUCUCUUUCGUAUCCAUGUCUCCUUCUCAAUCUCAGUCUCAGGACAAAUUAUGGAUUUUGAAACGGAAUCGCAGAAGAAGAAAUUUGGAGCUGGGGUUUUCGGAGAUGUCCACACUGUCACUAUGAUGCUUCCCAAGGAGCUUCACCUCGAUAAGAUGGAUCCUCCUCGUCUUUCGUCUCCUCCUUCUCUUGACCUCCGAUUUCAACUCCCUCCUUUCAAGCUCUCUGUUAGAGAUUUCGUUAAAUCUAGAGAAGUAGGUGAAUUUCUCAGUGGGGCUUUAGCUGGGGCUAUGACCAAGGCUGUACUUGCUCCUUUAGAAACCAUCAGAACAAGGAUGGUGGUUGGUGUUGGAUCUAAAAACAUCUCUGGUAGUUUCCUUGAGAUCAUUGAGCAGCAGGGUUGGCAAGGUCUUUGGGCUGGCAAUGCAAUUAACAUGAUUCGCAUAAUCCCUACCCAGGCAAUUGAGCUUGGAACUUUUGAGUGUGUCAAGCGGGCAAUGACAUCAAUGCAAGAGAAAUGGAAUCAGGCUGACUGUCCCAGAGUGCAAAUUGGUCCUGUCAGCUUGAACUUUUCUCUCUCGUGGAUUUCCCCAGUUGCUGUAGGCGGCGCUGCUGCUGGAAUUGUUAGCACACUUGUGUGCCAUCCUCUUGAAGUUCUGAAGGAUCGAUUGACUGUAAGUCGUGAUCUAUACCCUAGUCUAAGCAUUGCGAUUAGCAAAAUUUAUAAGGAUGGAGGGAUUGGUGCCUUUUAUGCUGGUAUUUCACCUACACUGAUUGGCAUGCUUCCUUACAGUACAUGUUACUAUUUCAUGUACGAGACAAUGAAGAAUUCCUACUGUCAAUCAAAGAAGAAGAAGUCAUUAAACCGUCCAGAGAUGCUCUUGAUUGGAGCUCUUGCAGGUUUUACAGCUAGCACCAUCAGCUUCCCGUUGGAGGUUGCCAGGAAACGACUAAUGGUGGGUGCUUUGCAGGGCAAGUGUCCACCUCACAUGGCUGCAGCACUUUCAGAAGUCAUUCGGGAGGAGGGUUUGAUGGGACUUUACAGGGGCUGGGGUGCGAGUUGUUUAAAAGUGAUGCCUUCCUCUGGAAUCACUUGGAUGUUUUAUGAAGCUUGGAAAGAUAUACUGCUUGUUGACAAACGGCUUUUAUGAGUAAUGGCAUUGGUGAGAGUUGGCAUUAAUCCCUUCUGGGGACUGGGGGUAAUGUCGGAAUCAUCAGUUAUAAACAAACAUAUAAGGUAGAAAAUGGUAAGCAGUUGGCUGGAGGCUGCCAUCUGAGAUCAAGGAUGGAUAUCCUUCCCUUCACAUUGACAAUUAUGGGAUAGGGCUGUUCUUUUAUGCAUGCCCAUUUCAAGUUCUGACCAAGAAGAUAUUGGCUGAGCAAGAAAUUUUGGUCCCCCAAUUGAAUAUCUUUGAUAUGUACCAAACCAUUUAUAUUAUUUAACAAAAUUGCUCCCAUAUGAUUUUUUUGGGGGGGGCCUCGCGUCAUGCGUUCUUUCAUAUGUAUUAACAUUUUUUUUUUCCUUUUAAUAUACAUUUUUAAAUAGCAAGCAAUGAUUAGAUUUAUGAGUGAUGGAGAA